UUGAACUUUUUUUUUACCUUGCUUUGGCCUCAGACUAUGUUUCCUUUAAACCCAAACCGGUUAGACGACAGUUGACAGAGAAAGUGAAAGAGUCGGCACACGGCCGCAUAUAAAAGCCCCGAGCGAUAGCAUGCUGUUGUUGUUCCACCUGAGCUAUCGUUUACAGAUUGAACGCCUAAAACAAUGGACAAAUCCAGUGAAAACCCAGACGGGGACAGCGUGUCCCUGCGGAGCAACGAGAACACGCCGACCAAUUCCACGGAGAAGCAGCCGAAGCGCGGGAUGCUGAAGACGUUCAGAUCCAGCUUCCAACGGGCCGCAGAGAGGAGCCCUCUGUUGGCCCGGAGAUCGGACCCCAAGGUCACGCCCAGAGCAGAGGCGGGAAGCAGCAGUCCGUGGUCUGGCCCAGCGCCGCCUCCAUCGCCCAGUCUGAGUGCCGGCUCGCCGGCCACCUCUCCUCUGGGCCUACUUCCAAGAACAGAGGAAGACCAAGUCGACGGUGCAGGCAAAGGCAAAGGCUUGGCUCGCUCCAAGACAGACCCUAAUAUGUCCAAGCUGGGUGAAUCCUUGAUGAAAAAAGGAGCGUCCCUACGCCGAAGCUUGAGGUUCCCCUCUAAGAAGGACAGCAAUCGAGCCAGGAGGCAGGAGCCUGUUCAAGCCGUCUCCCAAAACUCAGUGGAGAAGGUGGAGGAGACGAAGGAGGAAGAGGAGGAGGAGGAGGAGGAGGAACAGGAGGAGAUAGAGGAGUUGUACGCGUUGCCAGAACUACCCGACACACCCCUAUCAGUAAUGCAGAUCAACAACCUGAUAGAAAUGGAGGUCCUAGAGGAGGCUCACCUGAACCUGCUCGCCAUGCGGCGGGAGUUUAAGCAGGAGCGGGAGCAGUUUCUCCAGGACUCGCCGGUGGAGCUGGCCAAGAAGGAAAAAGACCUCAACCUUCUCUACGGAGUGCUUAGGAAGAAGAUCAACACCAUAGUCCGUGACUCCAACUCUCUUCCUGCCAGAAACAAGGGCCUGCUGGUCCCGGUGGCCCGCAUCAUCCAGGAGGAGGAGCAGCGGGCCGGGGAGCCCGGGGGGCUGCAGGACAGCUGGAUAGAGGCCUGGAGGGAGGCCGUGGGGGAAGGGGUUCAGGUCAAGGUGACCAGUGUUCACCUGGAGCAGAAGGAGCACAACCCCUCCUGGUUGGCCGUACAUCUGGGGCUGCUGGGUAAAGCCAUUGUGGAGGAUUUGGAAAACGUGAAGAGGGAGUUGCGAUGGUCAUAUCCUCGCAGCUUUAAAGUUUUCAGCACCUAUGUGAAGAGCUACCACAGAGUUGUUGGGCAGCACGUGAAGAAACUGGAGCGGCAGGCGUUGGAACGAAAAGAUCUGUAUGCUCUGUUGGACUGGAUCCUCAACCGAUAUAAGAGUGAGAGGAUCAUGGGAACUCUGUCCCUGCAGACAGAUAUGGCAGAUGAAAGCACUGAUCUGCAGCUUGACAGCGGCUUCCUGGAGCAGCUGAGACAGAAAUACACCUGCAGAAUCAAGGAGGACAUGAAGGCCACACUGGGCAGAAUCAUUGAACUUGAAAAUGAGACUGUUUGGAUGGCCGACAAGCUUCCAGAGAAAGACGAUGACUCCUACUCCUCUCCGUUUCCCAUGGACAUCUGGACGAAUGUGAAAGGAAAUGUCCAGCAUGCUAAAAGCCUUGGUGCUGAACUGGAGCAGAACGUGAUCUCAUCCUGCCUGGAGGAGCUGAAACACUUCCCCAAGAGGUUUGAGAGCGAGUUCAGGCGUCACUGCUUUGCUGCUCAGCCGCACGCUCAUUGGACGGAGUAUCAGAUAACAUACAUCAACAGCUUCACUGCUUUACAGCAGCACAUGGAGACGUACCAAGACAGCCGUCCAGGUGAGGUGGAAGCCUUCAGGAAAGAGGUGAAGUGGCUGGUGGUGACGCUCAUGCAAGGCCUGGAGGAGCAGUUCAAAGAGGAUGUCAAGCCGUAUCUGAGGAGAAUGAUGACGAGGAAGUGGCUGACCAAGGACGGGGACUUUGUCCAGCUGCAGAAGCGGACAGGGCUGUUGUCUGAGCACUGCCGUCUCAUGAGGGAUCCGCAUGGAGAGGAGUUCGCCAGCCGUCUCCAUCAUCACAUAGCGAGGGAAUACAUUGGUCAGCUGAUGAAAAACAACUACACGUGCAAGAACGUGAAACACGAGAGGGCUGCAGCCAAGAUCCGCCACCAGUGGACCCAACUCAGUGACUUGUUCCUGGACAUGAGGACAGCUCACGACUGGCUGCACCCUGUGGGAGACCACCUGAGCGACAUCAUCGGACAGAAGAACAAGGCGGACAUCAAGAACCACCUGCAGCCUCUCGUGGAACAUUACCCAGACUUCAGUAAGAAGCAUCUGGCCGCCGUCCUUUACUUCAGGGGCCUCCUGCGGGGCCGGGAGCGCCAGCUGAUUCUGCAGCGGCUCACGGAGCUGAAGAAAAGAGGAGUGGGCAGUGAGAGAAGCGGCGAAGGUUUGUUCAGGGACAUGCAGGUCACCGACAACACGGACUGCCUCUCCAACCUGCCGUUCUCCUGCCUGAACUUCCUGCUGCCAGACAGCUAAACGGAGCUGUCUUCUCCCAGGUGACCUAACCUGGCCGGACGUUCUCUGGAAUAUAUCAGGGUACUUAAUUAAAAUGUGUGUAAAAAGACUGAUAUACACUGUCCUUGCACAUGUGGCGACGGGCAUAAGCUUGAACUUGCUGGACUUUAUUUGGGCCUGAGGCGCCGAUGUAUAGAGGGAAUGCACAUGACGUCACAGAUGGGAAUUCACAGCAGGUUACGCCCACUGAGUGUCAGAAAGACUGAGUGUCAGAAAGACUGA